AGCUGUCAUCCCCAGCCCCGCCUUCCCCUUGUGCCCCUCAGAGGAAGAUGAGUAACUCGCAGCCAGAAUUGCUAAAUCAUGGCUACAUUUAUGGAACGAUUAGCUUUUCUUCAGAAAGUCCCGACUCUGAUGAAGGCUACAGCAGAUGAUGAAAACCCCUGUCCUGGCUACCUUUUCCAAGAGAUAGGAAAAAUCUCCCAUGAGUCUUCAGGUUGUGGUCAGUGUUUAUUGGAGUACCUUCUGGAGAGGCUGCAGGUGGAGUCCUGUCAUGUCAAACUCAAGGUGCUGAAGAUCUUCGUCCAUCUUUGCGGUCAUGGCUCAAACCAGUUCCUCACAGAACUUAGAAGGAACUCCACCUUCAUCCAGCAAGCAUCAGUUUACAGCGGCCCUCCUGAUCCUAUCCACGGCACGGCAUUGUACCAGAAAGUGAGAAAUACAGCACAGGAAGUGGCCAGGUUGCUUUUCACAGAUACAAUUUCCACCAAAAGCGUCAUCUCCCCGCUCAACGUAGCCCCCCCAACAAUGGGUAUGGGCUCAGGAACUUCCCACAGGUCAGGAAUGCAGGGAUUUGGAUACAGUCCAGGGAAGCAGGGGACAGCGGGCAGUGACUCACUACUUGAUAAGAUCCAGAAAGCUGCAGAGGUAGUGGCCAGUGCUGUCCUUCCCCCAACUGAACACCAGGGCAUCCGUCUCCAUGACAACCAUUACCGGGCCGUAGUUGCGCCGUCUGCUCCCAUAGAGGUGGCCGUGCCUGCGUGUGCCUAUAACGUUCCUGCUCGCAGACCAAAAGCGUUGACCCAGCGGUGCCCAGGGCAGGCAGGAGGCGGCUGGGAAGAGACAGACAGCGGCAACAGCUCCUCUCACAACUCUUCUCAGGAUAUCGCAGCUAACAGCAGGGCCUCUGUGGGCAGCAAGUCAGCUGGUACCGGGAGCCAAUCGGGGGCCAGUAGAGAGAGCAGUGGGGACUUAUCAGAUAGAGUGGAAGCAUUGCACUUAGGGGACUGUGGCCAGGAGAUGGCGCUCAUCAGCAGACUGACUGAAGGAUCCAGAGUUUUCCUGUCCAGAGAGGAGAGCCAGCACUUCAUCAAAGAGUGCUCCAUACUCAAUUGUGAGGUCGUGGUGGAGUUGCUCACAAGCAAGCUUCAAGAUCCCUCAAACAUUGUUAGGAUGGUAAUAAUGCGGUCGCUGUGUGCUAUAUCGUGCCUCAUGACCUCUGACCUCCUCUCUCUGGAGCAAAUGUUUAGCGCUACACAACGAAAGCUCCACCAGUUGAGUGAGGGGGCUCCAGGACCUGUGGCCAACAAAGCCACCAAGAUCCUGCGACAGUUUGAGGCUCUGAUGGGUGGAUCUCUACACGCUCCGAGACAGGACACAGCAAGCAGCAGUCAUCAGGCGGCAACAACUAAUCAGCUUCCCACAUCUACAUACUCAGGCCCUUUACUACCAACCCACUCUACCGGCAUCACCAAUCUCAACCAUUAUCAGCCUGACACCUCGCUUACAGGUGUCGCUCAACCACCAAAUCACCCAUCUUCCCCUUCUAGUCUGGCCUUGGCCCAGAGAGACUCCUCAGGGGAGGUGACGAAUGACGGCGUAGAGGAGAAACUUUCUCCCAUUCAGCAACAGUUGGAGGUACAGCCAGUCAGGACUGCUGAGGUUAAACUGGUUGCUGAAGAAUCAGAGCUGAAUAGGGGCUCGUCCCAUCCAGCAGAGCCCCACAGUGAGCAGCCCUGUCUGAGCAGACUAUCCCUGUUCAGCGGUAUGGAGCUGGUGACCAAGGGGAGGCCCCUGUGCGGAGGAGAGACGUCCCAGACGGGCAACAGCUUAAGGGAGAAUCUAGCUGUGCAUAACAUCAGCAUCAGCGACGGCGCUCCUCCAAUUUGCAGUUUAGUUGUGGCUGAUAGCAGCCAACCAGUAUCAGCCUUCUCAUUUCUCAACUUUUGACAAACGUAUUACAGCUGGAACUGUUAGUUAAACCAGUGAUCAUGUUUAUCCUUUCUGAAAACAAUUUAAUUUUAUAAACCAAGAUCAGAUGUGGAAGAUUAUAACUACAUGUAUAUUCACAAUAUGUUUGGGUUCGUAUCUGUAUGGUGCCUCGUUAGAAGUUGUAUUUAAGCAGCAGAUUGGGUCAAGAGACAAGAGAUUUAGGACACGUAACUGUAGUCCUUGGAUGAGUGCAAUGCAGAGUUGGUUCAAAAAAUCCCUCAACUGCUGUAAGUGAGGACUGGUGUUUAAGCUAUGUCGCUGUGUGUUGGCUGAGGUCUAAUUUCUCAAAAGUAUUUCCCAAAUACGGUUGUCUUGAAUAACAGGUUAUUACAGAUAGUUGCUUUAAUCUCAGGAUUCCUUUUAGCUAACUGAAACAACUCUUAAGCUUCUGCAGCACACCUUAAACCUCUGAGGGAGAAUUCCUCAAUUUGUAAUUUGCACUAUAGUUGCUUUUCUUAUGGACACACAAAUCUGCAAAUGAGAGUUGUCUUCCACAUUUUUUGGUACUAAGCUAUUAUGUCAAUGUAAAUGUUAUCAGAGUGUUUACAAAUAAUUUAUUAUAUCUACCCUGUCUUGAUAAAAACAUACCCGUGAGAGUGGUUGUAGCGUGCAUGCCUAUGAUUAAAAACUGUUGGGAGAAGUAAUGGUGGAAUUCAUUUUUGUGUGCAUAACCAAUGCGUGCAAUUGUCUUUGACAAAGGAAUUGCAAUCACAAUAAUGCAAAAUACCUGCAAUGUCAUUAAUGGUUGCUCAUGUCACCAAAUAAAAAGCCUUACCCUCACCA